GACACCUAUUUAGAAUGAUGGCUAUUCACAUAUUGAGGGCUGACUACCCGACUACUCCAUAGGUCUCCGAGAGUUGAUCGAUCAGUUUUGAUCAACAAUAUGGGUAGAGAGAGUGAAGGGGGUGUCCCUCUAUCACCUUACAAGCCUGCAUCGAUCGACUUGACAACCACUCCCUAUGGUGGAUCACCAUCUCUCAAGUUCCGAACGUGUCUGCGAGCAGCUAGUCUGCCGCUAAUCUUUGCUCUCACGUCUAUGCUGGUGGUUCUGACGACUUUAUCUCUUCAACCACCAGGCACUCUCAAUACAAUACUGGCCUUUUUGAAUCCAUUCUAUCAACCUUCAUCAUCUUCAUCAAUAUCCGACUGGCCAACUGUGCACCUGCAACAAUCAACCACCGAGGCGUAUGCGACAUUUCUCUCAGAUAUCGGACUCGAUCCCAUUUAUCUCCUACAAACUCGCCUCCUCCUCUUUCAGAUCAAGCAUGACCGACUCACUGCGGAUCCCAUGAGAGAUUUUGUAGUCUUGACUACUCCGAAUGUUCCUGUAGAGAUCGAAGAUCAACUCCGAGAAGAAGGAGCAGUGGUCAUCCGACGACCAUUUGUGCUCGGCAUGCCUGGCGAAGCGGCUGACUUGGGCGAUAAUAUCCGAUGGAAAGAUCAAUACUCUAAGCUGAACAUCUUCAACUUGACCCAAUACGAGCGUAUUCUCUACUUGGAUAGCGAUACGAUCCUCACUCGAUCCCUCGAAGGUAUAUGGACCGAAGAGGCAGCUUGGCCAAAGUAUGGUCUGGCAAGUGUGGGUGUGGACGAAGAAGUGGCACAACGGCCUGGUAAAUUGGAUGGAUCAGAAUUCAACGGUGGAUUCUGGCUGGCUAGACCAUCGGAGGACUUGUUCACCGCUUUGCUUAAGCAAGAGGACUAUGAUCCGUUCUACCUGGAGCAGGCUUUGUUGAACCACUACUUCAGCUGGACUGGGGAUGCACCGUGGACAGCCCUCAAGCCAGAAUGGAACACCAUACAUCCGACAGAACACGACUUGGUAGAAGGUGUCGCCACUUUGCAUGGCCAUUUCUGGGAGCUGGAUGCCGAUGACCAACUGGGUGACUUUUGGCUUACCACGAUCGGAAGGAUGGAGCGGUAUUGGAUGGAAAAGGAGACGCAUAGUCGAGGUUGACGAGAUUAGCACCGGGCUGGACGCGGAGAGCAGAAUAUUCACUUUGUCUCUUGUCUACAGCAACACGAUAUAUGCACAAGCAAUGUUG